AUGGCCAGCGCCCAAGUGCAGAAGCCGCCAGCGUGGCAGACAGACGAACUACAGGACGAGUGGCCAGACUCCGACCCAGAAGACGGCGGCGACAAUGAGGCGAACAACCUGUCUUAUGGCACCCAGUCGGUGUCAUUAACCAUCCCGCUCAGCACACAAAUCCAUAGCACUGCCGACUACGACGCAGACCACACUCAUGCCUCCAGCAGAUCGCGGCCUGUUGGCACCUUUCUUGUCCGCGAAGAUGCUGCCCACAUCAACCUCAUGCCGAAGACUCCAGGGCAAAAUAAGAAAGGACUUAUGAAGAAUAUAUUCACCCCGACGCCUCUGGAACGAAUGUUCGACCCGCCUUCACCACCCAUACCAUCGACCUCCGAAGCCAAACCCUGGGAUCCUAGCCCGCCUUCCCAUUCAAUGGCAACCCCGAACAACAACCAACCUGAGCAAGUGUCGGAUGAGAUUAUGGAGACGGACAUGCCAAAUAUGAACUCCUUCCAUGGGCGGAAGGCGAGCAUGGCCUGUCAGUUCACUUUUGCUAUGCCUCGAGAGUCCUUAUCAAGAACGAGUGGCGCUGGCGGCGCCGUGUACCCUCAAGCCCAAAGUACUCCGAAUCCACCUUUCGCCCCGACGAGCACUGCUCCUCUAACCGACCCUCGCCUCCGCCUUUUCCAAUUCCAAUACGACACCUACACAAGAGAGCAUCUAUCAGCCUUGGUCGACUCCAUCGCUGUGAACACCCCCUCGGGCACUGGAACGACUGGAACGCCGACGAGCUUCACCAAUGGCCUGUCGCGUGUCUCAGAAGUGACUGGCACAGCGGACAAUGUGUCUCAUCUCCGGAGCUCGAAGCGUAUCAAGCUCAGCCCUUCUAGUGACCUAUGCGGGGACGGAGUUGGUGUGAGAGCGACGAUAACUCGUCCGAAGCUCUACGGGAAGGACUAUGUUGGAGAAUCGCAUUCCUUAAUGCAGAAGAUCAAGCAGGCGAGGGAUUAUUCCACCAUCUCAACUGUUGCGAGUGGCCAGGACCAAACACCAUCGACCAAGAACGACACACCAUCUACUACCCGUAGCGAUCUGAACAAUAAAUUUCACGAACGACGUUCCAAACAUAAUGCUUCACCAUCUGAACCAUCUCGCCGACCGUCCUUUCUCUCUGUCCCUGAGCAAACUAGUAACCCGUCAGCAUCUUCGGGUACCGUCGCCACAAAACCAAGCCCUUACUCCUCUUCGUCUUAUCGACAGAAAGCCGCGGCUCUCAUGGAACAGAUAAAGAGCGCUGUAAAAAGCCAGAAACGUGUGUUUUCCGGAGACUCUGAGGCCACUGCCCUCCCCGAGGAUACAACCAACACAUUUUCUUCACGCACUGGAAGCGUCAAGCUGGGCACAGACGCGAAGGAGAGCCUCCGACAAUCUCAUUCUCGACGAACUUCAACUUCAUCUAAAUCCAACGUCUCUCGCUCACGAGCUAGCCCUAGGCGGAGCCACAAAAAUCUCGCAGACGAAUCCGAUCUUGUGCAUAAUUUAUCACGCAUUUCCAUUCAUGAACAACACCAACCACAACAACAGCAAGCUAUCGUCAAUGUUACACUAGUACCUCCUGCUCCAAAUCCUUCAUUGGCUGCUAAUACACGUCCAGAGCGCGAGCACCCUCAGACCGCUCGGCCGAACCUGGCGCCUCCCUCACAUCCAUCUAUCCGGCUAACAACUAAUGAAGACCUUAAUCGCUUCGUCUCGUCCAGCACCGCGUCCGGAACGACCAUCACUGCAGGCAGUGCGCCGUCGUUCGUCAAGCACGCUGGGCCAGCGCAUAUACGCACCAUCGCCCCGAGCGACAUCCCGCCGCUCCCAGAAAGAUUCGGGGACAUGCUGUUCGACAAGGUGAUGAUGCGGUGGGUGAAGAGCACCGCGGGGGCUGUAAUGGACCCGGAGACGGCGGGGCACGCGACGGAGUCGAGCGAGGAUCCGUUUGGAGAUAUUGAGAGCCUGCGGAGCGAUUCUGACUCACGGGGGGAGGAAGAGGAAGAAGAGGGUGACGUGGAAGGCGAGGAAGGCGAAGAAGAGGAGUCAGAGACCGAGAGGCUGCGUGAUACGAGCCCUGGCCCAGCAGAGAUGAUGAGCCGUAUCUCAGAGCACUCGGAGGUGGAGGACGAGGAGGAGAUGGAGCUGUCCAACUUCUCGACGGAUGUCUCGGCGCACAUCGUGCAUGUGAUGACGGGCGUCGAGACGGACGGGUACGACGAUGACGAGACGACGGACUCGGGCGACGAGGACGACAUUCAUACGGUGACGCGCCCGCAGGAUAUUAAGGACAUCAACUUUGACUCGGAGUUCGAGGACUCGCCCUCGAGGAAUAACAGCGUCGUGCAUGUCAGUGGCCACCCACACGCUGGUGCGAGAGGUACUCCUCAGUUCCUCGCCCCGCCUCUGCCCUCAACUGUAGCAGCGUCACCAAGAGCCAACGCCAACCUCCACACCAGCCCGAACGCGAUCGCCUCGUCCUCGGCGCUAGUGCUCGCCACUCCGAGCCGUGGGAACUCGAUCGGAUCAACGACGCCGAUCAUCAAGUCCGCGCUGAAGAGCACCAGUGCGACGCCAACAUCCGCGCUGCGCAACCCGAACCGGUCGCGCUACACGACGCCGCUCAACGGCAAAUCUCACCAGCGCUCGGUGAGCUUCUCGGACGGGAAGCGGGAGGGGCCCAUUCAGGGUAUCACGGCGUCGGGGGGUGGGAGUACGAGUAUCGUCCAGUCGGCGCGGACGAAGAGGAUUGCGGACAUGAUGCAUGCACUGGAGGAUUCUGAUCUGGACGAAGACGACUCGCCAUCUAAGACGAGCAGCUCGGGGCGGCCAGAGGAGCUCCAACCGCUCAGCCACCGACGGCCGUCCGGCGCCUCUGGUCCUUCAUCAGGCAAACCCAAAUCACCAGCCAAGUCUAAAUCCUCAGAAUCACCGCGACGCGUCUUCUCGCGCUCGUACACGCACCGCCCCUCCUCCACUUCCCCCGCUUCGGCGGCCGGUCAACGUAGCUUCUCUAGAGCGAAUGCCAGCGCUAACAAAGCGAACGCGACGUUCCUCACCGAGUGCUCGUUCGGGGUCGCGCACGACCGGCUGGUGGAGGUGAUCACGGACGUGCAGCCAUUCGAGCCGCACUGGGAGGAGCUCGGCUCGAUUGACCUCUCGGGUGCGAAGUUGGAGAGCGUGGCGCGGUUGAAGGAGUUCUUGCCCAGGUUGGAUUCGCUGUGUUUGAACCGUAACGAACUGGCGUGGCUGAGUGGGAUACCAGCAGGCGUGCGGACACUAUCUGUCGCGAACAACUGCCUUACAGGGAUAACCUCGUACAGCCACCUGCUGAACCUGGAGAACUUGGACAUUAGCCAUAACGAGGUGGAUUUGCUACGACAACUCGAAUGCCUACGGCACCUCCGCGAGCUCAAAGCCGACGGAAACAAGAUCGCGAGCGCCGACGGGCUGCAGCGCAUGGACGGGCUGGUGAAGCUCAGCCUGCAGGGCAACGCGAUCAAGGCGAUUGAUCUCAAGGAGUAUCGAUGGUCGCGCUUGGAGAUGCUCAACCUCAGCCACAACAGGAUUGAUAGCCUGCAAGGGCUCGCAUCAUUGCAAUCGUUGAUUGCGCUCAACUUGGACUCGAACGCACUCUCUACGCUAAGCCUACCUACCGGCGUACACCUUCCACGCCUGCGCAUCCUGCGGCUGAGCAACAACCGCCUGACCCAGCUCGAUGUUGGGUCGAUGCCUCACCUGCGCACUUUGUAUGCGGAUAAUAACGCGUUGUCGGGGAUUACUCAGUUGGGCCGGUUGAACAAACUGGAGAAUUUGAGUGUGAGGAAUCAGGCUGGGAGGGGAUUCAAGCUUUUGACCCGGGAUGUUCGCGAUGUGAAGCGGUUGUAUCUCUCAGGGAACCCACUCAAGAGCGACUUUCUGCAAGAGCCGUGCUACAACCUGGUGUAUCUCGAGGUGGCGGCGUGCCGGCUGACUGGGCUACCCUCCGGGGAGGGAGGAAUGGGUCGGCUCGUUCCGAACCUGAGGGUGCUGAACCUAAACUACAACUUCCUGGAAGAUGUUCGGGCGCUGGAGGGCCUCACGCGGUUACAGAAACUGACGAUUAUUGGGUCGAGGCUGAAGAAGACGAAGCCUCUGAUCCGGCUUGUGCAGCAGAUGCCGGAUGUGGAAAUGCUGGAUUUCAGGAUGAACCCGUGCACGCUGGGGUGGUACCUCCCACUGCUGGUGAGGGAUGUGCCCGGGGCGCUGCAGCCAUCGUCGUCGGCGGAGGGACGGGCGGGGUGGCAGGAGCUGGACAGCAAGUUCCGGCGGGACCUGCCGGACGAUGCGUACAUUGGGCGGCUCGCGUACCGGGGGCUUGUGAUGCGUGGGUGCGCGCGGGUGCGUGUGGUAGACGGGGUGGCGGUGACGGAGAAGGAGCGGACGAAGGCUGAGGCGCUGCUGGCGGGGAUCGGGUUGGGGUGA